UAAAAAAUCUUAUAAAAAAUAAUCAACUACAAAACAAAUAUGGGAAAUUAAUAAAAUUGCAAAAAAAAUCCUCCCAGGAACAAACUUUUUGAACACUUCCACCGAAGUUUGAGGAGCUGUUGUGCCUUUAUUUUCCACACCAUCCACAGUCCACAAUCUUUAUUUUGACAUUUGUACUGUGUGAAAAGAAAACUAUAAAAAAUAUGUCGCAACAAAUAAGAAGAGAAGUAUUAAAAGCUUUCAAAAAACUUCAUCGAACUCGUGAAUAUGUUUUCAAAGGAGAUCAACACGCACUUACAGCUGCACGAGCCGAAAUAAAUACCAACUUUCGCAAAAACCAAACCGUAACCGAUGAAAUCGAAAUAAAAAAGCUAGUUAAAUUAGCCGAUGAUGUUGACAAAGAACUACGCACAAAUGUUGUCCAGGCUGUUGAAAAAGAAUCUGGAGUUUAUGAGGUAUCCAUUAGAGAGGAAGUACCCCGAUUGGAGAAUGUUCCUUUCAAUCCGGAUGCAAUCAUCAUCGAAAAGCCAAGACGUGGCCCGUCUAAAUGUGGCGGUGGAGAGUCACAAGCUAGUAAAACUUAAAUAAAUAAAAAUCAAGUAGUUUAGACAAAAAUGUUUAUUUAGAAAAUGUAUGAACUUGUUAUGAUAAAAAGGACACUGUCUCCAGUGUUUAGUUUAGUCACUAGA